AUGCUUCGAAGAUCUGACGGCGACCAAGCACAGAGUCUAGCUCUCAACGAGACCCAUUUCCCGUUUCUUCUAUUGCCUACAGAGAUACGUAACGAGAUCUAUAUCUCGUUGUUGACAUCUAUAAAUCCACCACCAAAAAUUCCAGAAGAUGACACCAAAUACAGCGAAGCUUCUCAAAUCGGCAUCAAAUGGCCAAGAAAGGAAACCUACCGAAAUGGCCUCUUAUACUCUAUCUCUGGCCUUCUACUCACCAAUCGCCAGAUCAAUGGAGAGUUAAUGAGACUUCUUGCAUCACCAUCAACAUCAUUUCACGCAACUUUUCAUCUUGACUUCUUGUAUAGCCCUGGGAUUGAUGAGGACGGGGAUGCUAGCGACCGCGUAUUCCCGACUUGGAGGGCACGUCCAGCACUUCCCCAUUUGCUAACCAGUCAGCCUUACAAUAUCGAGGUAGAUACGAGGAUCAUGAAUGCAGACGCUGUAGAGAAGUAUAUGGCGGCGUCGCGACAGGAUGUGACGACCAGGAAAUUGGGAAAUGUAAUCCAACGCUACAUGCGACUUCAGAACAACCCCUCCUUGUCUCUUAAUGCCAAGCACGUACCAACAAAAGUGAAUGAGCUGAUCUUCAAUCUUGUCCCCUGGGCAGAGGGACCCAUCACACCAACGGCUAUUCGAGCAGAGUAUGGAAAUGAUUUUACGCCUUUUGUUGCGCUCAGGGAAAAGAACAAUUUCUUGCCAUAUCGCUUUCGAUGGCUCUGUGCAGAUGUCGAUGAGUUCGUGAACAAUGGGCUACUCGAUGGGUAUGUCAAUUUUGUCAGGGUCAGAGUCAAGCCAGGGCAUGGCCUGGUAGGUAAAGAGGAAGAAUGGGUGUGGACUUGCACGGAGUCGGGGGGAAUACAUGAUUGGGCGCCUAGGAGAUGGUUGCUGGGCAAAGAAUUGGAAGAUUAG